GCCAUUUCCGGUACAACUUCAGUGCAUGGUGCUCACCCGCUCAAAGACAAGCGGCAUGGAGCAGCAAACUGGAGAGACUCCCGAGGCCUAUGAGGCCCACAUGCUGACCAUGGUGGAGGAGUUCAAGCAACGGGCAGCGGCGGCAACAGCCGCACGAAAGAAGAGGGACGAGGAGGCAGAGAAACAGCGUCGCCUCGCUGAACAGCAGCGACAGGAGGACGGCGACGCAGCAAGGAAGGCCGCAGACGAACGCCGUCGACUACGCCGAGACAAACUCUUCGAAUCUGAGCGGGACCUCGAGGUGAUUGCCGGUGAAUGGUCAGUGAUUGCCGAAGAGGAGGAUGCCCCCGCUGCUGUGCACGGCCUUGCAACCGCAUUUGAACAUGUGGCCGACUUGGUCGCCACCUGCACAACACAGCAGGAGGACAUCCUCUGCGUGGACACCCUGGUCCGGAAGCAGGCUCGGCUUAUCGAUGACCUGCUUGACCGGGUAGGCCGGCUGGAACAGCAGCCUGCAGCAGCCACCAUCGCCGGACCCUCCAACUUGGCGGAUUGCAUCCAUGUCUUGGAAGCGGACGUUGGGACGCUCAAGGACAGCGCUCUAGUGACAAAUCAGCGGAUUGACCAGCAGAUUUGUACCGCCGCAGGCAGUCCGACCGCGACUACUCGCGAGAGCAUCCCGAAGUUUGACGGCAUACCGAUCUUUUGCGAUGCAGCGAAGACGGACCCGAUCCCAUGGUGGCGCCAGUUUGAGUUGAAGCUGGACAUCCACAAAGUCAGUGACGGAAACCGGCACGCAUACUUGUACUCCCGAUCGGGGGGCGCGUGUCAGGCAUGGCUGGACAAUAUGUUGUCCACGCACACCAUCGCAGUCUUUGAGCUGCAUACGCAGAUCAGUUGGCCUGAUCUCAAGGCAGCAUGGCAUAAGCGGUUCCAAGUAGAGCCGCCCGAGCUUCAGGCAGCCGAGAAACUUCAACGGGUCUAUCAGAACGACCUGCCAAGCACGGACUGGAUAACGCUUGGCAUCCACGCCCAACUUGUCGUCGACCUAUGUCGGCAUCAAACAUUUCUUCAUCAGGAGGAGCUGUCCAGCGUUACAAAACGCCUUGACGCAAGUUGCGGAGACACUCACCACAAGUGAGCAGCUUUUUGAUAAAGCCUCGCAGAUCAU